AUGGCGGGAAUGAUUCCUCGGAUGCGCCAGUCUGUGUGCAGAAGAUGCCUCGCUCAGGCUGCGGUGCGGUCAUCAUACCAACGACGAUACAGCUCUACAUCGACAGAAGACAGAGCGAGAGACGGCGAGAAGGAGGAGAAGAAGAUGAUGAGACUGUCUGAAUCUCAAAAGGCAUACCUCAGCGGCGCUCUCCGGGUCAACCACGCCGGCGAGCUGGCGGCGACGCUCAUCUACGCCGCGCAGAGCCCGCCCGUCACCCGCUCGCACCCUCACCUUCGCCCGCUGAUGAAACACAUGUACGACCAGGAAGCCGGCCACUUUUCCGUCUUCCAGGAGAUGCUGGCCUCCCACCGCGUGCGGCCCACGGCGAUGUACCCCGUCUGGCAGGCCGCAGCCAGCUUUCUCGGCUGGUCGACGGGCGUGAUGGGGCGGGAGGCCGCCAUGGCGUGCACCGAGGCCGUCGAGACCGAGAUAGGAACGCACUACAACGACCAGAUACGGGUGAUUGUAGGGUGGAUGGAGGAUGCAGAGGCCCGGGGGGAGGCCGUGCCGGACGAGCUGCGGCGUCUGGUGCAGACCCUGAAGCGGAUCAGGGACGAGGAGCUGGAGCAUCUCGACCACGCGGUCGAGAACGACGCAAAGGAAGCCAGGCCGUACGAGCCGCUGAUAGGAGUCGUCAGGCUGGGCUGCCGGGCCGCCAUUCAGAUUUCACAGCGGGUGUAG